AUGGGGGAGACAAAAAUCAUUUACCACCUCGACGACCAGGAGACUCCGUACCUGGUCAAACUGCCCAUUGCUGCGGAUAGGGUCACUCUCGCGGACUUCAAAAAUGUGCUCAAUAAACCAAACUACAAGUUUUUCUUCAAAUCUAUGGAUGAUGACUUUGGGGUGGUGAAGGAGGAGAUUUCGGAUGACAAUGCCAAACUGCCAUGUUUCAACGGAAGGGUGGUGUCCUGGCUGGUGUCAGCGGAUGGCUCCCACUCAGACGGGGGCUCUGUGUGUGCAGACAGCCAGGUGGACCUGCCCCCCCCCUUGGAGAGGACCGGAGGCAUCGGAGACUCCAGACCCCCUUCCUUCCAUGCGAAUGCUGCCGGCAGUCAGGACAACCUGGACACGGAGACGGAGACGGAGUCGGUGGUGUCGCCUCGGAGGGAGAGGGAGAGGGAGAGAGACCGGGAGAGAGAGAGGGACAGGGAGAGAGAGAGGCCGCGCAGGAAGGACCCGCACGAACACGGCGGGAGGAUGAACGGUCACUCGCGGCCGGAGCGGCGGCCGGAGGUGGGCGGGUACGAGAGCGCGUCCACGGCGAUGAGCAGCGAGCUGGAGUCCACCAGCUUCUUCGACUCGGAGGACGACGACUCCACCAGCCGGUUCAGCAGCUCCACGGAGCAGAGCAGCUCCUCGCGCCUGAGGCGGCGACAUCGCCGUCGCCGACGGAAACCCAAAGCGGCGCGCAUCGACAGGUCCUCCUCGUUCAGCAGCAUAACAGACUCCACCAUGUCACUGAACAUCAUCACUGUCACUUUAAACAUGGAGAAGUAUAACUUCCUGGGCAUCAGCAUCGUGGGCCAGAGUAAUGAGAGGGGAGACGGGGGCAUCUACAUCGGCUCCAUCAUGAAGGGCGGGGCCGUGGCGGCCGAUGGGCGGAUCGAGCCGGGAGACAUGCUGCUGCAGGUGAACGACAUCAACUUUGAGAACAUGACCAACGACGAUGCAGUGCGAGUCUUGAGAGAGAUCGUACACAAGCCAGGUCCCAUCACCCUGACGGUGGCGAAGUGCUGGGACCCCAACCCUCGCGGCUGUUUCACUUUGCCACGGAGUGAGCCGAUCCGGCCCAUAGACCCUGCUGCGUGGGUGUCCCACACUGCGGCCAUGACGGGGGCGUACCCGGUGUACGGUAUGAGCCCGUCCAUGAGCACCAUCACCUCCACCAGCUCCUCCAUCACCAGCUCCAUCCCUGAGACCGAGCGGUUCGACGACUUCCACCUGUCCAUCCACAGUGACAUGGCAACCGUUGCCAAAGCGAUGGCUUCCCCAGAGUCAGGUCUGGAGGUGCGAGACCGGAUGUGGCUAAAGAUCACCAUUCCCAACGCCUUCAUAGGCUCGGACGUGGUGGACUGGCUCUUCCACCACCUGGAGGGCUUCACGGACCGGCGCGAGGCGCGGAAGUACGCCAGCAACCUGCUGAAGGCCGGCUUCAUCCGCCACACCGUCAACAAGAUCACCUUCUCCGAGCAGUGCUACUACACCUUCGGGGACCUGUGUGGCAACAUGGCUAACCUCUCGUUGCACGACCAUGAUGGCUCCAGUGGAGCCUCAGACCAGGACACCCUGGCCCCCCUGCCCAACCCAGGCGUGGCCCCCUGGCCCCUGGCUUUCCCCUACCAGUACCCCAUCCCCCACCCCUACAACCCCAGCCCACAGCCCCAGCCUGAGCCCCCCCAUGGCUACACCGCAGGGGGGGGGAGCGCCGGCAGCCAGCACAGCGAAGGGAGCCGCAGCAGUGGCUCGAACCGCAGCGCGGGGGGUAAGAAGGAGGCGAAGGCCGGCCCUGCCGGGGGGGGCGAGUCCAAGUCGGGGGGCAGCGGGAGCGAGUCGGAGCAGCGGCGGGAGAAGACGCCCAGCGAGCGCUCGGCGGCGCCCCCUAGCGAGCGCAGCGUCCACAGCAGCCACGGCCUGACGUACGGCCCGCCCGGCCUGCCCCCCAGCCCCAGCCCGGCCUGCCCCCGGCCCAGGCCCCCCCCCGGCUCGCCCCCGGGCCGCGACCUGGCCGCCGUGCCGCCCGAGCUCACCGCCUCCCGCCAGUCCUUUCGCAUCGCCAUGGGAAACCCCAGCGAGUUCUUCGUGGACGUCAUGUGACCCGGACAGGAAGAUGCGGAGGCAGGCUAGCGGGGGGGCGGACGCUUCCUGGAGCAGGGAGGAGGAAGAGAGGGUUCCGAGAGAAAUGGAAGGAGAGAGAUUGGAGGAGGAGGGAGAGGAAGGACAGCAC